AAACAAUUCCACUCGAGGACUCGAUGAGUCAAACCUUCCCGUCAUAAGAGAAUCGAUGCAGUUAUUUUUAAUACCACAGCAUGCUUGCAGAAGGAUUCAAUUGAGCAAGAUCUCCAAGUCUCGUUUUCAUGAAUCUACCACCUCUCGUUGGAGGAGACCAAAACACAUUGCAAAAACCACUGGUGCGCGACAGCGAUACAUCGAGGCCAAGAUGGAGGAGCAGACUGACUAUAGCGCUUGGAGUAACGAGAGAUUGAUUGAGAGGGUUACACAAUUAGAGAAGGAGCUUAAGAGCAAGAAUCAGAGGUGGAGCUCUCCCUCUGAAAUAUUGAACUUGACUGACAUCAAACUAGUUUACUCCCACCUGGAAAGGGAAAUGCGCCAGAGAAGAAAUCAUGGAAGAAACCACGCACAGAGCGAGUUUUCGAUCCUGCGAAAUAUAAUACGCGACUCAUUGCGCUGAAGCUAGCAUAUUUGGGCAAGAAGUACCAUGGUUUCGAGCAUCAUCCAGGACAAGGCAAAUCCAUGCCCACGAUCGAGGAGGAGUUAUGGAAGGCCUUGAACAAAGCGCGUCUUAUUUUCCCACAAGCAACACAUCCGCUGGACCCUGGGGUUGUCAAUUGGGAAGGAACCGAGUAUAGCAAGUGUGGGAGAACGGAUAAGGGUGUCAGCGCAUUUGGACAAGUCAUUGGGAUCAGAGUCAGGAGCAAUCGCCCUUUGGUGAAGAGAAAGAAGAACGUGGAAAGAGAAAUCAAUGUGGAAGAUGGGGUGGAUAAUAUGUUCAAUAUGCAUCCUAGAGAGGACGGAGUCGAACUUGGGAGUCCAGCACUGCGACCGUCACGUCUGCCACCUUCAGAUCAGCAGCCAUGGCAUCAUAUCGACAUCAACGACCCAGAACUUCAGGAGUCUCUAAAUUUCGACCCAAUCGCAGACGAAAUCCCUUAUUGCGCUCUUUUAAACCAUCUUCUCCCUCCCGAAAUUAGAAUUCUAGCAUGGUGUCCUGCUCCACCAAUCGAUUUCUCAGCACGUUUUUCAUGUCGCGAGAGGAGAUACAAAUAUUUCUUCACCAAUCCAGCAUUUGCCCCAGUACCACAUAACCUAGAAGGCCCGGGUCCAGACGGGAAGGUAAAAACCACUAAAAUGAAGGAUGGAUAUCUAGACAUAGAAGCAAUGCGCGAAGCAGCAAAAAUGUUUGAAGGCACCCAUGAUUUCAGGAAUUUCUGUAAAGUCGAUCCAGGGAAGCAAAUUACAAAUUUCGAAAGAAUGAUAUUUCACACGGAAAUCAAGGAUGAAAAUGAUACGAAUUUAAAACUUAUUUACACAGCUUCGGAAGAUUUUAGCCCCGGUCAAGAGGAAAAGACGGGAAUGACCCCUAGUGUGUGGUCUUUCAAUCUUCAUGGAUCGGCAUUUUUGUGGCACCAAGUUCGUUGCAUGGUUGCUGUUUUGUUCUUGGUAGGCCAGGGAUUGGAAAAGCCAUCGAUUGUGGCAGAAUUAUUGGAUACAAAGAAGAAUCCCCGAAGACCUACUUAUGAGAUGGCCACUGAUACUCCUCUGGUUCUAUGGGAAUGCAUUUUCCCUCGCGAGGACGAUCCAGAAAGAAAAGAUGCUAUGCAAUGGAUUUAUGUUGGCGAUGGCCUCGGAAAGGGGGAUGAUAAGUAUGCUCCAGGAGGACUUGUGGAAGACUUAUGGGGUGUGUGGAGGGAGGCCAAGAUUGAUGAGAUGUUGGCUGGUACUCUGCUGGAGAUGGUGCAGAGUAAAGGUGAUCCGGUGAAAGAACUUACAUUGAAGAAAAAGAGAGGCAAUACCAGCCAGAAGGUGUUUGAUGGUGGGGAGACACCGAGGCCACAGGGAAUAUAUACACCUGUGAUGAAGAAGCCUCUGAUGGAGCUUGUGCAUAUUCAAAAUGAGAACUAUGCCAUAAGGAAGGGGUUCAAGGAUUCGGCUGAUAUGAAGGCCCAAGGAUAUCGUAGGACUAAUAAGGUUCUUGCUCUGGAAAACCAAGAAACCACAGCGGAUGAAGUUGAAAAAGCAAUUUAGUUGACUGAACUCGAGGAAUGAAGAAAUACCCAUCUCAAUUCAAG